ACGUGAUUGUGGUCUCUUUUCGCGAGAAGGUGAAUCGGCGCCCUAAGAUGGCAGCCUGGCGGUGUUACGUAUCCGCUUGGCAGAAUCUGACAAAAAGCGAAGCAAUCCCUUGGGGAAUAUGGAUUCGGCAGAAAUUUACAAAGUCUCGAAUUCCAGAAUCAGUAUUUCUUCCACGACCUGGUGAUCAUGAAAAAUAUGGUGGUAAUCCAGAAGAGCCUCAUAAACUACAUCUUAUCACCAGGAUCAGAAGUGGAAGAAGGCGUCCUUAUUGGGAAAAAGAUUUGCUUGAAGAGCUUGGAUUAACAAAAAGAUAUGCUCCAGUGGUGCUUAAAAACAUCCCUUCUGUGAAUGAAAAACUUAAAGUCAUCAAACACCUAAUAAGAAUAAAACCAUUAAAACUGCCUUAUGGAAUUCCAACAGAAGAAGAAAUACCUGAUACCUAUCUUAACAAGGUCACAGGUGAACUGAUAGUUUGUCGCCAUCUAAAAGAAGUGGAAAAGAACACCUCUGAUUCUUCAUAAUAAUGUAUUAAUACUUUAUAUAAUAAAUGUAAUAUUAAGUUGAGAAUUGUAUUACUGUAAUUGCCACUAGAGGCAUAAUAUGUAUGUUCAUUUUUAGAACAGUUUCUCUAGACUUAAUUGCCAUCUCAUAAAAUUAAAUAGUGUUAUUAUUAAGAAGAUAAAAAUAUCUAGUAUUUGGGCAUAAUUUUUACUUAAACAGUUUGGCUGUUGUAAAUGUGACAGUAUAAAUAAUAGCAACUGCAGCAGCAGCUUUUGAGAUAUAUUUUGGUAUCUACAAAGUUUACAGAAAGCUGUAACUAACGUAAUACUAAACUGAAUUUCUGUGAUGAUUGGUUAAACUAAUUUGAAGCUGCUUCGCUGGUCAUUGUUAGUCAGAUAAAAGUUGACUUUUAAGGUUUACCUUUGUGAAUAGCAUAGCAGCAUUACACAAUAAAUUGACAUCGUCAGGCAGAUACAGUCAGUGGUCAGUUAAUUGUAAAUAAGCCACAUGUUUGAUCCAUUUCCCCCCCCCCAAUAAUUAUGAGUUCAUUCCAGUAAUCUUACCUUUAUUUAUUUUUUAGUAUUUCUAUUUUGUUUAAGGAUCUUCCUUUUGUAACUGACUUUCAGGAAGUAGCCUUCAACCAGAUUUGCUCCUACAGGAAUUCUUCAGGCAGAUGUAUUUCUAUAUUUUGUUUCAUGUCAGCAAUUCACUUGCAAGCAUUUAUAUCAGUGUGCCCCCACACCUUUCAUGUGGGGAUGUUUUCCAUUUUGAGACAGAAGUCUUCUUAAAUACUGUAUGUGGAUAGUGUUCUUGUACAGUGGCAUAUACCAAAUUUUACUUAUCCCAUUUUUGGUUGGUAAACAUUUCAGCUGAAUUGUUUUGUUUGGAAAAUCCCCAUAUGUUUAAAGAGAUCUGAUUCUUCUGACAUUCAUUUCACCUUUUUUAUUAACAUAAUUUUGUAUACUUUUUUUGUUUUAUGGAAAAUAUGGAUGUGAUUGCUUCCUGGAUAAUUUAUAUACUGUUUCUCUGCCAGGAAAUCCAUACUUUUAAAGUAUUAAAAUUAAAGUAUGAAUGAAGGUCUAUUUAGAAGCUGAUUGCACAUAUUUUCAGGUCUACACUUUUUUUUCAAAAUACAUACAGAAUGAAGUAGUCCAGAAAUAAGGUAGCACAUUUCUAAAUCAUUACUCAAAUUUUAAGUCUUACCAGAUCUAGUGUAUUACUUUGAAUUAAUUUUUUAUCGCCUCAUGUAUUAGUUUCACUGAUCACAUCAGGGAAAACUGUUAUGUGUUGAAUAUACAUUUACCCAGUCUAUGUAGAUAAUGGAAAUUGCCUAUUACUAAAACAUUUACUUUGGA